UAGAUAUAGUAUUGCAUAAAGAGCUCUGGCUCCGCACAUGACUUCAUUUUUUCGUUCAUCCUUCAUUCGAUUCGGAUAGAUUUCACAACAUCGGUAAGAUGCGUCGUCGGAGUUGAUCAACCGACCAAGUUCACCACGCGUUGACAGCGGUAUUUUAUUUUUGAAAAAUGGAUUUGGGCGACGAUUUGUUCGACGCAUUCGAAGAAAACAACGACGCGGUCGUCGAAAUCAGUAGACCCGUAAGCGUGAAACGGGAAAAUGACGAGGACGCAAAAGAUGAGCCUACCGUUAAAAAGUUGAAAACAGAAGCUAUUCUUGAAGAUAUCAACUUAAAUGAGAUUGAAUCGAGAAUAACGGUUCAUACCAUUGAAACUAUAGAAUCAUGUACACACGAGGUUGCAGUGCCACCAGAUCAGGAGUAUGUUCCACUUGAAAAUGCAACAACAAAACCAGCCAAAGAGUACAAAUUUGUGUUGGAUCCUUUUCAAAAGGAAGCCAUUUUAUGUAUUGAAAAUAAUCAGUCAGUUCUAGUAUCCGCUCAUACGUCUGCAGGAAAAACUGUAGUAGCAGAGUAUGCCAUUGCAUGUUCCUUGCGCGAUAAGCAAAGAGUCAUCUACACAACUCCUAUAAAAGCCCUUAGUAAUCAAAAGUACAGAGAAUUCUAUGAAGAGUUUAAGGAUGUAGGAUUGGUUACUGGUGAUGUAACAAUCAAUCCAACUGCCAGUAUUCUGAUUAUGACUACAGAAAUUCUUAGAAAUAUGCUUUACAGAGGCUCUGAGGUAAUGCGUGAAGUAGGUUGGGUAAUAUUUGAUGAAAUUCAUUAUAUGCGUGACAAGGAAAGAGGUGUGGUUUGGGAAGAAACAUUAAUUUUACUACCAGACAAUGUUCACUACGUCUUCCUGUCUGCAACUAUUCCAAAUGCUCGGCAAUUUGCUGAGUGGGUAGCUCACUUGCAUCACCAACCUUGCCAUGUUGUCUAUACAGACUACAGACCGACUCCCUUACAACAUUACAUCUUUCCAGUUGGAGGAGAUGGAAUACAUUUGGUUGUAGAUGAACAUGGCCAAUUCAAAGAAGAUAACUUCAACAGAGCGAUGGCCUGUUUGCAAGGAGAUGCAGCUAAAGGUGAUACUAAAGGUCGUAAAGGUGGAAUGCACAAAACCAAUGCUGGACAGACAAACAUUUUCAAAGUUGUCAAGAUGAUUAUGGAAAGAAAUUUUGCUCCCGUAAUUAUUUUCAGCUUUUCUAAGAAAGACUGCGAAGUAUAUGCUAUGCAACUUGCAAAGUUGGAUCUUAACACUGCAGAAGAGAAAAAAUUAGUCGAUGAAGUAUUUAAUAACGCUAUGGACGUUCUCAAUGAAGACGACCGAAAAUUACCUCAAGUAGAAAAUGUUUUACCAUUGUUGAGACGUGGAAUCGGCAUACAUCACGGUGGACUUCUUCCAAUUCUAAAGGAAACUAUUGAAAUUUUGUUUGGUGAAGGUCUGAUCAAAGCUCUUUUUGCAACAGAAACGUUUGCAAUGGGCUUAAACAUGCCUGCCAGAACUGUUUUAUUUACUGCGCCGCGUAAAUUUGACGGCAAAGAUUUCCGAUGGAUCACGUCUGGAGAGUACAUACAGAUGUCUGGACGAGCUGGUAGGAGAGGACUUGAUGAUAAAGGUAUAGUCAUUCUGAUGAUCGACGAACAAGUUAGCCCAUCAGUUGGAAAAGAAAUAGUUCAAGGAAAAGCUGAUCCAAUUAAUUCUGCUUUUCAUUUAACUUACAAUAUGGUUUUGAAUUUGUUGAGAGUUGAAGAAAUCAAUCCCGAAUAUAUGUUAGAAAGGAGUUUUUAUCAGUUCCAAAAUCAAGCAGCCAUACCUGAAUUAUAUAACCAGGUCAAAACAUUACAAAAUGAAUAUGAUGAAAUCCAGUUUGACAAAUACACUCUAAUGUCCGCCUAUCACGACAUAAGAGAACAAUUAGAUCGUCUGAGUCUAGACUUCAGAGCUUUUUUAACGAAACCUGAAUAUUUACUUCCAUUCCUUCAGCCAGGAAGAAUGAUUAAAGUAAAAAACGAGAAAGAGUCAUUUGAUUGGGGUAUAAUUGUAAAUUUCAAAAAGAAGAAUCCGAAAAAUCCUGAAAAAGAGAAAACGAGUAUUAUUGUAGAUAUUCUACUUCAUGUAGCUAAGGAUUCUACUGAAGCUGCUCCAAAACCAUGUCCAGAAGGAGAAGAAGGAGAAGUAGAAGUUGUACCUGUUUUACAUACACUUAUAUCACAAAUCAGUUCCCUUAGGCUAUAUUAUCCAAAAGACUUAAGGCCAGCUGAUAAUAGGAAAAGUGUACUAAAAACGAUACAAGAAGUAAAGAAACGAUUCCCAGAUGGACCUCCUUUGCUGAAUCCUAUCACGGACAUGAAAAUCGAAGAUCCAGGAUUCAAAGAUAUAAUUAAUAGGAUAGAAGUUUUGGAAGAGAGAUUAUAUGCUCAUCCACUGCACAAAGAUCCCAACUUGACUGAUUUGUACCAAAAGUUCUUAAUAAAAGAAGAAAUUGGAAAGAAAUUAAUAAACGCUAAGACAGAAUUAAAGCGCGCUAAAUCGGUUCUUCAAAUGGAUGAAUUAAAAUGUCGAAAACGUGUAUUACGCCGAUUAGCUUAUUGUACAGCAGCAGAUGUUAUAGAACUAAAAGGUCGUGUGGCGUGUGAGUUAAAUGGAGCUGAUGAAUUACUUAUGACCGAAAUGAUUUUUAACGGUCUUUUUAACGCAUUGACUGUACCUCAAAUGACUGCAUUAAUUAGUUGUUUCGUUUGUGAUGAUAAAUCGAGUGAAACUCCUAAAAGUAUUGACGAGUUGAGCGGACCUUUACGGCAAAUGCAAGACAUAGCGCGAAGAAUAGCAAAAGUAUCAACAGAGGCGAAUCUAGAAUUAGAUGAAGAUUCAUAUGUUGAGAAGUUCAAACCAUUUUUGAUGGAUGUAGUUUAUGCCUGGUGCAAGGGAGCUACGUUUUUACAAAUUUGCAAAAUGACAGACAUUUUCGAAGGUUCCAUAAUUCGAUGUAUGCGAAGAUUAGAGGAAGUUCUUCGACAACUUUUGCAAGCUGCGAAAAAUAUAGGCAAUACGGAUCUUGAAAAUAAAUUUAGCGAGGCUAUUAAGUUGAUUAAGAGGGAUAUUGUAUUCGCAGCUUCGUUAUACUUGUAAUUAAAAUUGUUAUAAAUAUGUAAAUUUUUCAAUAUUUUUUUAUAAAAUGAUCGAUUUAUACGGAUUUUUACAAAAACUUGAUCACGAGCUGAACGCUCGAACCUGUUAUUCAGUUUUCACUUUUGACAAUCAGACAAUAAAUAAAUACACCGCAAAAUUUAACGAUUUUUACAAUCUAA